UUUUUUUUUUUCUUUAAUUAUAAGAUUAAUCGCUUGCGAAAUCUCUCCUCUCUAAAGAAACUACCGCUCUGCUCGCUAUGUAUGUGUCUAAUAGUCAACAAAAUUUUUGCGUGUCGAUUAACAAAAGUGAGAACGAAUUGCGAAGUGAGAAAUCGAAUACGAUUUUUUGUCUAAAAGAAAAGUCGUCGCGUCGAUAAGAUAGAAAAAAAGUGGUUAUAUAUGCGAACGCCGUCGGUACGAUCAUUUUCCUUAUUACCUUGUAAGAACGAAGGAAAGAAAAGGAAAAUAAAAUAUAAAGAAGAUGGAGUUCGAAUUAGGCCUACAUUUAAUCAUGUAUUACGUGUAUCGAUAUCGUUCAAAAAGAAUUGUUCAAUCAAACGACUUUCGGUGUAUGCGUUUCGUAUAAUAAUAUAAAGAGAAAAGAGGAUAGAAAGAAAAAAGUGACGAAAAAGUGAAAAAAAAAUUUCAGCAGGUAAAACAAGAAAAUAAAUAACAAGAAAUUUGCAUGUUAAUAAUGCAUACGAUCCUAAGAGCACACUGAAGAUACGCUCCUGAAGGUACAUCGAUAUGUGCACUUACGAGAUUAUUUGUAAUUAAUACAAACGAUAUCGUCCGUAUAUAUAUAUAUGUAUAUAUACGUAUACAUACAUAUAUGCACGACACGCAGCGAUAUAAAUUUAUAUGAACUGUGUGCAAGCGUGUGUCUCACAUUGUGAAAGCAUGAAUAAAUAUGAGAUUUUGUAAAUCAGGUAAUACUUUUCAUAUUCUAACCUAAAUUAAUCAUCGAAGGUAUCACAUGUUCAUUGUUAUUCCUUGUUGAUCGUAAUUAUGUAAUUAUUUGAUGUUAUUUCUUUUUAUUUCCGUGACAACAUAUCGAUAUAAUAAUUAAAGAAGAUAAUCGUAUAAUUCUAAUAUAUCGAUUACACAUCGCGAUUUAAAAUUGCCGCUAAGAAUUUUCGCAGUACUGCGCAAAUUGUGAUUAUUGCGCCAUCUGAAAAGUUUUAUCGCCAUUCUGCUUUACCGACGUAGUUAUAUUAUUCCCUACGUAUCUCGAUAGCUAAACAGUAUGAGUGUGUUCGUCCGUACAAUUGUGUUUAGUUUAUAUACGUAUAGAAAUAGCAAGAGCAAGCAAUUAAUCGCAGAUUUUUUGUUUCCUGGACUUGGACAAUAUUAUGUUUUUUAAAAAUCCUUACAAAUAAUUAUUAUCCAUGUAUGUUUUUUAUAUAUAAUAUAAAGAAAAUCGUCGAAGAAUUUAUCGUAUACGUAAUUUAAAUUGAUAAAUAUUAAACUGAUACUAUGAAGGUUAUGAAGGAUACAAAACAUAUCGAAGAGUUACAUAUUACGACUUUUAGCGUUGUCAUUAAUUGCGUUAAGAGAUUGAGACGAAUAAUAUUGUUUUCUUCUACUUUUUUUAGGCGAACUUAACUAUUAAUUUCAAUGUGCUCGAAUUAUCGAUGCAUGAUUUCUUAGAGGUUAUGUUACAAACCUAUCUCUCUCUCUCUCUCUCUAUCUCUACACAUAAUUAGAAAAUGAAUAGGUAGCAAUGUGACCUUUGAACUAUAAUACGCAUAAACAAAGUUUCGCCAAUUCAUAGUGAUGCAUUCUUUAUUAUCAAGAUGAUGUAUAUAUAUUAUUAACUCUUAUAUAGUAGAAUGCAAUGAAAUUAAUUUAUUUCAAUGUUAGGCUUACAAUUGAAAAUUCAAGCGAACAGAUGAUAUGGCUGAAAUAAAGAACGAGGAGAAAACUGUAUUGGAAGCAGAUACUGUGUUUUUGUUAAUGAAAAGAGGAUUUCCUAUCUCUCGUAAUGUGAGAGCCCAAUGGAUGUUAGAGCAUUUGGACUCUGUAAUAGAAAUUCAACAGUCUAGUACAAAUUAUGAAGACGCGCCUGAGUUAGAAGUUGUAUCUGUGUUACCAAACGGUUCGCCUGGGUCAUGGUCGUGUGAUACUAGUCAUCAAUUUCUAUAUAAAGUUAUAGGGACUACUUCAAUAAUUUUUCUUGCGCAUAAAUACAGAAUGGUUUUUAGUUUAGACUUAAGUCCAUCGCUUGCUACUGUUGAUAUACAGCAUGGAGAAAUUGUUAUAGAUGAGGUAUAUUUAGCUACUAAAAGAUGUCUUGAAGGAAUAACUAAACCGUUUACGAUUCCAGGCAGUAAACGUACAUUACAACCAGAAAUUUUUGUGACAGUGAUAGCUCAUACUCCAUUUCUUACAAGUCCGUCGCAACAAGUGUUAGUUCAAGGAUGGCUACUUACUGCCAAUAAUGUUAACCAUCUAAUACAGCAUUUAGAAAAGCAAUUAAACUUGUUGGAGGAAAAAGUAUCAUUUGUAGCUGCUAUCGCGAAUCAACAGUUGGAAACUUUGAAAGCAGAAAAUGAGCGUUUAGUCGGAGGCCUUUUUGAAGAUGGUACUAGUUAUUAUAAUAAAAAUAACAGUUGCCUCGGCAAUACUGCCAUGAUUUUACCAGAAGCUAACUUUAUUAACAUGCUGCGCUAUGGAAUGUUAGCUCUUACUUUGUUACCGGAACAUAGUUGUGCGCAUCUGAUUAUUAUCUCUGAUGGGAUAGUUAGCACGACCGAUGUUCACGUGUUAGAUUCAAUUAUGCAACAAUUGCGCGCAACAACUAUUGCAUGUAGUUUUGUACAUGUCGGUAGCGUAUAUCAUCCGCAUUGUGCGGACGGAUUGAUACCUUAUCAGGAUCUCUUGUGUUUUCUUGCAGCAGCAACUUUAGGGAGUUACAUGACAUAUAUGCCACAAAUUGUACCUGAACACGGAGAAGAUAUAAAUAUGUAUCAUAAAAAUUUUCUCUAUUGGCAAUUAUAUCGUGACACAUCCAAUUCUAUUAUCUCAACUAAACAGACUAAGUGGCAUUCUAAUAAUACAUUUUUUUACGGUCACAAACCAGUUCAUCUUCUGAGAAAGAAACAGAUAGACGACCAAGUUACGUGUACGUUAAGCAGUUUAUUGUGUUGUCGCUUGCGCGAGGGAUAUUUAAUAAAGAGAGCAAUAAUAAGAGAAGACAUUCUUGAAAUAUGUUUCGUUCUUUUAUGGAAGAGCAAUGUCUUUUUGGAACACUUGGUAACGUGUCCUUGGUCUUCUAAGUCCUUGUCGGUCUCUAAUACGAUACAAUAUACAAUUACGAUAGAAGCGCCUUACGAAUUUCUGCAUGACAUAACGUGUUUAUCUAAAAAGCCGCUUAAGUCACAAUAUCGUCAGGGUGUUGUAUCACGUUUUUGGAUAGCCAUAAAAUCGUUAACCGAAAGCGACAACAUGUUGGCACACUUCAGUUGGUUUCCUGGAUCCGGUUGGAGUUGGUACAACAUACCGGAUACCAUUAGAAGUGGAAUUCCUGUAUUCAAUUUAUCUGCUCACCCUGUGCCUAAUACUCUUCAGCUUAGUGAUGCUGCCUGCCCGCAGUUUGGACAAAUAUGGCAUCCAGUCGUUUCGAUGGAAACUGCACAAUGGGCCCGUUGGAUGCACACGCAAAGGAUCACAUUGGUUUUAUCGCACGACCGACCAUUACCGAAAUAUUUGCAUCAAGCAAAUCAGAAUGGAAGAUUUCAAUGGAUUCAAUGUCGUCAAGCGGCCGCUGUUCUAUAUGCCAUGUUGAAAACUUGGGCAACGUUUGUACUAGUUGAGAAUCACACAUAUGUCCAGUUUAUAUACAAAGAAGUAGAGAAGCCACCAGUAGCAUUUUCAUUAAUACGUGUUAAUUGUAAGGCACUCUGUGUCGUGUUAAAUAUUGCGUUCACAGGUGGGACCGAGGGUGGUGUCAGGCAUAACGUCGUAGUCGAUCUUAUUGAAAGAUUAUCUCAAUUGACUUUGCCAAAUAGACCUAUGGAAUAUCAAGAAACGCUUUGUUGCACGGUUAUACACAAACCUUUGGAAAAGAUUUUGAUACGUUACGAACGUGUACCUAACGAUCCAAGCGUUAUGGUAUUUCCUGACAUAACGCAUACGAAUUCAAACAGAAAUCCAUCGAUAUUGACCAACAAUCAUACCACGACGCUAUCGAGAUAUUUGUUUCACAAUCGAUGGUUGUGGCACGUUAAACGACCAUUUGUACAUAUCGUACCUGGUAUUACCUUGCCACGAUUGAACAUAACAGCGAUCGCUAGGAUUCUCUCAACUAUUACAAAGAUGCGUUUAGAGGAAGGUUUUUAUUUCGCUUAUUCGGCAGCUGGCAUCAUAAACAUGGUAUUGGAGGUAAACAUGCAAGGUCUUGGAAAAAAUUCCGAACAUUUCCCGUGCAUCGUACAAUAUAUCAUAUUUCCACCUCAAAUUGUAUUGAAUGCAACCCUAGAAGCGGAUCAAUCCGACGAAGAUACCGACGAAGGUACCGUGGACGGUGAUCUCAGUACAGAAGACUGCGAGGGAUCUGGCGAUUUUCAAAUAAUCACGGAAAUUUGGAUCGAACCGCAAUAUGGUCACGUAGGCAUGUUAACCAAACGUGCCGGUGAAUUCAUGCACUCUCUGCAAUAUCAUCAAUUACCUGACGCGAUCGCUCGCAUAGACGAAGAAUGCGUAAACGCUCUGCUAACUCUCGAGUACCUGAGUCAACUCUGUCAGGUAACGGCAAUGGAAAAUGGAAACGAAGUUAUUUCUGGUCAGGGCUUUCAAACUUUGAGGACGAGCGAUCGUAGCGUAGAUUCUAAUGGAUACGCGAACGCGACAGGAUGCUUCAAAGGAUCGACGAUGAUCGACGAAAGGAUUCAUCACAUGCACUUUACCUUCGAUGCUCUCAGCAUUCUACCUAAGUGCCAACAAGGCGAACUCUUGUUCUCCAUGUUUGCUAAUGGUUCCGAUCAUGUCGAAGAAGGAAGACAAAGCGCUAACAGGAUUCUAAUGGAAGGAUUUCUGAAACGCGUUAAACAUUUACAUAAUAAAGAACUCCAGCUUACGAGUAUGCAGUCGCAAAAAUUUACCGAGAUGCUUUUGAAUAGACCUCGCGACGACGAAUCUAAUUUGGCAUUUUUUUCGAAAGAACGAAAUAAAAAAAAUGAGAUUCCUUCAGAUUAUCAUCCUCAUUGGCGUUGCUUCGUUAAAGGGAUAAGUGCGACCCACGUGAUAAUGACUAUUUUGCCAGCAUCGGAAAAGGACGUCUAUCUAAUAGCGUUUCCUCAAAAUCAAAACGAAAGUGAUUUAAGCAAUAGAAAUAGCUUGGACGUUAACGAGACAAAUUCUUCUGAGAAUUUGUACGAAAAGAAAUCCGAUUCGUUCGAGCAAAUCUCGCCGGACAAUUCUAAUUCCAAUCGAUCUAAUACACCUCUCGACAACGCUAAAACGACCGAGUCCGAGGGUCUUUUAAUCCCUGUUUACGUUUACAACUGUUCCUUGGCAUUGUUGAUCGAUGCAUUGAUCGAAAAAUUGGAGUCUCCACGUAACAAGGAUAUUUAUCAGGAUCAUACGUUUCGCGUUGGUCAGAAAGAUCGAGAAGAGUUUCUUCAUUCAAAAUUGAUUAACAGUAUGAAGACCUCGUCGCCCGAACCGAAAAGCGAAGACUCGGAUAACGCAACGAGCGAUCAAAAAAGUUUGAUGGAACAUUGCAAGAUGUUAAACUUUGCCCAUUGCCAUUGCUACGUAGCAGCAGUUUACAAAUCCUUAGCUCUUCAGCAGCCACUCAGUUACGAGGACAUGGAAGCAGCAGUUGAAUUGUGCGAGGAAAGUUUGAUCGAGAUAGACAUAACUAAUUAUUUACAAUCGGUAUGCAGACAUUUGAGUAUAUCCCAAGAUGGUAACAUAUCGAGUCAGUUGAAGAGUAACGUUUGCUACGACGUUAAACCUUUGCACAAUUUGAUAAAAGACAAGUUCGAGGGUAUUAUAACCGUUGCGUUCAGACCGGUACCGGCUCAUCCAGAAUUUUAUUAUUGCUCGCCAUUGUGGAUUUCGAAAAAGACCGGUCGAGUUCAUUCGGAGAGAUCGGACAGCGACGAUGAUUUAGAAGCGUUCGCGUUUCAUUCGGAUAUCAAUUGCAAAUUGGACGACUCCUCUUGCCAAGGAAACGAGGAUGGCGAUGCAACGGGCACGAACGAUUUUAGAAAAUUACCAAACUGCGUCUAUGGCGAUUCCUUCAAUGACGAGCUACAAGAGGACAAUAUAUCCGAUAAGGAACAACCGCUUUUCUUACGAUUAAGUUGUUCGGUAUAUUUUCGUUCAGGUUUGAAAAGUACACCUGUCAAUUUACUUCCUACCUGCUUCAGCGAGAUCGUUCAAAGAAUGGACGUUCUUUCGAAGGAUGAGAAUGAAACGGAUAUGAAUUUGAAUAAUCUCAAAGUUUCCUUAGGUAUAAUAUGUUUGAAUUUACCUAGAGAAGUCGUUGACGUUACUGCGAAACGUUGUAGAAAUGUGAAAAGUAAUAAUAACUUUUACGACUCGGCGCUCGAUAACGUUCACGUCGAAUACGAACGUAGUUUGAGCAGCGAAAAGAAGUCCGAAAGUUUACCGGAAAGGAUGAAGCAUCUUCCGCUUUACCAGCACAGUGCCAUCACCAAUUUGACCUACGAAAUCGAAUGGUUGUUGCAAGAUGAAACGGCUACGGCACUUUUGGAUCGAUCACCCCCUACGGAAAAAACAUUGAAGUUCGUAGCUCGUCACGUCUCGGAGUCUACGGAACGGACGAGUUGUUCCAUGGACAAAGUACCGCUUCAUUUCGUAUUUCCUUCGGAGAACAGCGUUACGAAAUUUUUGGAAGAGCUACAGAAAUUGCGGAUCGAUCGUUACUGCAUACAGCAAGAGGGCUCGCUGUUUUAUUUUAUUAAAAAUGCGGAGGACUCGUUCGAGGAAGCUGCCGAUAAAGAAAAAGUUUCGAGUUUGAAGGAUCAAGUGUUGAUUAGAAGAGAUGAUACUAUCGAAAACAUCGAACAAAACGUACCUAUGGACGUUCGAACUUCCGGAAGGUUCGACACGGUUGAUCCGCCAGGUUGCUGCUCCGAUAUUUCUAGCAUCGGUGAAGGUAAAAUAGGUACGGACGAUGGUUACGAGGGUGAUAGUAGCAACUCCGAAGACGAUUUACAAUGGUUGAUAGAAUUGGACAGGCGUAGAGACAGUCUUCCGAAUUUCUGGCUAAUUUUGCAGGUCGAAAAUAGCCACGUCAAUGUAUAUUUUCACUGCAGAUUCCUAGAGCUGGUCUCGCCCGAAGUGGACUGUUACAAGCAAAUACAAACGAUGCUGGUCACGCAAUUGAAAUUGAUAUGUCGUCGAGUGAACCAAUACUUGCUUCUCCAAAAUCUUCACGACACGCGUACGUGCGACGUACUUUUGGAACCGGAAUUAAACGAGGAUCACGUUUGGAGAGGCGAUACUAGCAGCGAGUCGGGUGGUUCGUUACAAAGCAAUAGUUCGAUCCUUAACUUUACAGCGGGCAUGUUCCGUUGUCCCGUGGUUUGGGAAGUAUCAUUUUAUCUGCAUCCUCGUUUGAAAACUGGACCGGGAAGGUCUGGACUGUCUCGUGGUAUAAAAGCGCUCCAUAAUGUUUUGAAUUGGUUUUCGGUAAACAACAGAAGUAACAUGUUCGUUUAUCAGGAAAAUAACAAGAACGUAUUUUACUUGAGACUUCACGAACAGAUCAAUGACGGGAAGCCUCUUCAAAACAAGCUUUCGGAAAGCGACGAGAAACUUACGGUUUCUAGAAGCAACAGCGCAGCUUCGUUAUCUCAAGCCAAAGGUAUCGACAGCACUAACGAUCAUUCUCUGGCCAACGACACGAGACCAAGAGUCCGAUCUUUCGGUGAAAAAGAAUCCGACAUAUUGAACAAGACUGGAGAUUCGAUAAUAUUGAAGGUACACGGUAUAUCCGAGGCCGGACCUUUGGUAAAGUGCGACCUCGUACAAGUUUUACAAAAUCGUCUGGACGAUGCCGUCUUCGAAGUAUUGUCGGUAAUGCUGGCGCGCAAUCCUAUGUGCAAGUUGACACCGGCCGACGUUCACUUCAUUCAAAAACCAUACAAAAAUCCUGAAUCUAUAGUACAGUUAUCCGUUCAACCGCAUUGUCUAUUACACAUGGCAGCGUUAGGACAUUACCUCAGACAAAAUUUAUUACAAUUUCUUUAUAUACCGAAAUAUACCGAUCACAGAACAUGUUAUCACUUUCAAGAUUAUUCCCAGCCAGAGGGUUCCAACAACAGGGUCGCCGAGUCCGAUAUAUUUUUAUAUAAUCAAAGCCAAUCGAGCGGCAGCAAAGGUAUAGCUUGCAUCGCUUUGGCAAUCGCCGAUUCCAAGAACGAGACUCGUCAGAUCGACGAGGCGUCUUGCGAAGCGAAUCUUCGCGAACACUUGAAGGCCGGCAACUUCGAGAACUUGGUAUCCACUUCCAUAUAUACGAGUAAGAGCAACGCCAAACGGCUGAUAGAAUUUAGAAUAUGGAAACAAGGCCGGGUCAACUUGGAAGCGUUGCUUCAAAAAUUGUGCGCUGCCGUCAGAUAUGCAACUUGGGAUUUGGUUACGGAGUACAAUCUUUUGUCUACGGCUCUCACCGAACCGUUGGAAUGUAUCGAUAAGGAUACUUCGACGGAUGACAAGGAAACGUCUCAACAAAACAAGCAGAUUCAAUCGAAGGAUCCCGACAAUAUCGUUAUCAACCAAUACGAAUUCGGGGAGGAAGGCAAGCUCAACGAGAUCUAUCACACGAUAUUAACUAAAUGGUUCAAAUAUGCUUUGGACGUUGGCGUGCCCGCCGUUAAGAAACACGAAGUUAUAAUUCAUCACAGACACUCCAUUCCCGUUAUCGUCAGAGAAUUACAGAAUUUAAUACGCGGUCAUGCACCUGACACAUCCAGCAGAGCAUUCGUUUUACGCGAUCGUCAGCCGUUUCUCAGUGAAACUGUCACCUGUACAUCGAAUCUCUUAGCCUUCUGUGAAAAUGCCGAGGCUAGAAAAAGAUGGCUUACGAACGUUAACGAACGCGAGAAAACAUUAUCUCCGGUUUAUGUCUCCUGUGAUUUCAGCAAACACGAGCAGGGAACUUAUACGAAUUGUAUCCUGAUCGCUAGAAAUUUUUAUCAAUGGAAGGUAUCCUUUGGCAAGACGAUCGAAGAGGAAUUACUUGUUCCCAAAGAUCAAAAAUUGUUGCAAAAAUUCAAUCCACUGAUACUGCCGUCCGACUUUGUACCAAGACAGCGGAUACUAUUGGCUGAAAUCCAAAGUGGCAAUAUAACGUUUUAUAUGUACAAUUGGUCGAAAGAGAGAUCGGAAAAGUUUAUCAAGCAAACGACGAGCUUGGGUACUUGGCUGUCGUCGAGAUCGCAACUCUUCACGAAUAUAAUAAUGCAAAAGUUGGGUAUAUUUCAUCAUCAACCAACGUCGAAUUAUCAACAGGGCGAACAAAAUAAUACCCAGUACUAUCAAAUCACCGAUAUGGAGAGUCUAACGAAAUUUCCGCACGCCUCGCACGGUGAAAAUAAAUCGGGUUCUAAGCAACAUGGCAGGAGUAAUCCUUUGCCGUGGAAUCAGCUGGUUGGCCAAGCUACGAAAGAAACCGAGAGCAAUGUUUAUCAUUUGAACGACGACAUUGAUCCCGUUGUGAAAACGGCAUACGACUUGCAAGAUUUUCGUCAUCGCGAAAGAAAAGCAAAAGAGGAUAUGAACAGAUUGUAUACGAUAUGGCAAAAUCGUAGUUCUGCCUCGAAUAUCCCAGUUUGUUUCGACACAUUGAACACGUUCAAACAACAUUCUCGUUUGAUACACUUCUGUCACACGCCUUUGUUAUUUUUACCAACGUGGCGUUUGCAGUCAGCCGCUACGAGAGAUCACUCGUUGACGCCGCCGUGUUCUCUUGUCUCUAGUAACGUCGGUCAACAAGCGAACGAACAGACUCAGUCGAAAGAGGACCCAGCGAAAGCCGUCAUCGUGAAGUGGCAUAGAGAGCUUUGCAACUCCAUGUUGACAGAAUACAAACAGUACUUGCAAAUUUUAGGAUUCAGUUCGAUUCAAGUCGAAUCGCAAGACAAAACAGACACGGAACAGACGCCGCAUCAGACACAUUAUUUGAAGAAAUCGAUGUUGGGUGGAGUUUUGUUGUUCGAGAUUCACUUGGCCCAGCCAUUUUUUAUUGCCAAGUUACGUGUCAUCGAAUGCAAUCGUCUUUCAACGAAAACUAACAGCGCCAUUAUCAAUCAAUUCGUCUUGAGCUUCGUGGAUGCCUGUGAUAAAAUAAAAAUCAAUAUGCACUUGCAUUCGUUUACGUACGAUUUUCAUUUACGUUGCAUUCACUCCUACAUAGCUGGCAAAGGUUUCUGGUCGUUGCAACAAGGUUACCAUCUGACACAUUUCCUCGACGAUUUUAACAAAUACUACAGCAAGGCACCUAACUACGCAAGAAAUCUCGUUUACAGUGGUAAGAUUUCCAGGUGGUGUCGUUUCUUUCGGAUACGAGUACGAUCGAGUUUGUUCGUCAAAUCGUACAUUUAUGUUUCAGACGUGGUCAAUGUAAGAAAUUUAGCUACACCAGCUCGUAUGUUGUAUACUUAUUUAUUAGCACACGAGGAAACUUACGGUAUGCGAGCAUUCGUGAUGUCCAACGAACCUCAAGAGUCUCAGGAAGGUGAAUACGUUUUGUUUAAGCUACAGAGCACUCCGUUGGUUAGUUAUUGCGACGCUCAAGAUACCAGAUACAUCGACGACUUCGACGUUGCUCUGAUAGUUUCAAGAAUCGAACAGCCACCGGAAAUAGAAAGGACGGAGAUAACGUUGAAAUAUUAUCUCAUGUUGACCAGCAAACGUGAGCUCUAUCCUAAACGAGACUUGGAGAAUAAUAAGCUUGGCAAAUUUCGUACGGUUUAUAGCGUCAUCAAACUGGGCAACAAUUCUCAGCCUGGAAAUUCCUCGGAAUCUAAUUCAAUCUCAAUGGUGGUGCAACCAUCCGUUGUUAAAAAAAGUUGUAAACGCGAAGGGAACAAUCCAACGGAUUCGGACUCGCGUAACAGUGAUUUAGAUUCAAACGAUAACUCGAAGGAAUCCGAUGAGAAAACGGUAACUACGAUAAACAAUUUGGCACCGACCCCACCGCCGGUACCAAACUCACCCCUAACGCAAAAUCAUAAUAUUCUUAAUACGUCGAGUUCGUCGUCGUCGUCGCCGCACUUGGUACAGAUUCGUCAGGAAUCCGUAAAUUAUUUGGGAUACUAUUCGUCCCACGAACAAUUGAUGCAGCAAUUGAUCAUGUCUCAGGCUCAGGCAGCUAGACGACACAUAAUCGAUAUGAUAGAACGUGGUGCUUCCCAAUGCAGGACUCACUUGCUUUGGAACAAAUUAUUCGAAAAUAAAUCAUCCAUGACUUAUACGGAAUUCAUGGAAUUGUGUUCAUUGGCUCACGUCGAACCUCUUUCUCAUUUGGAGCCUAGACUCAGUUCGCUUAGCAGUCAACCUGUUUCUUGGUACCAAACUUUGACCAAAGUUCUUCAAAACAAGUAUCAAGAAUAUCAUAAACAAUUUAGUACUGCCGAUGGGAAUAUAACUCAUCAUCUUAUACUACAUCAUCGCUCUCUUCAAGCAUUUACUAUGUUGACAAUCGAUCUCCAUACGUCCAGAGGGGAUCUAUACGUCGUUUAUCGUAAAUCGGCCGAAGUCACAAAUACACCCGUCAACAUGGAAGAUGUUUACAGUUUGAUCGAAGGAUUCAUUAAUGCCUGUUGUUUCCAUUUAUGGACUAGCUUGUGUAAUCAAUGAUCAGAUGUAAGGAAUACUCACACGAUACAUCGUGGAUUUAAUAC